CUCAUCUGUCAAUCAAUCACAGCGUGCUUCAUUCACCUGUUACCGCUGUCAUUAGAGUCGAUCCACACACACCUCUCCACUGCACGACUCAGGACACUCGCCGACUGCACACAUCCAGCAUCCGCUGUUCAAAAAAGAGGGUGCAAUGACUGGCCAUCACUGGGGAUAUGGAGAGGACAACGGUCCAUCAGCAUGGCACAAAGACUAUCCCAUUGCAGAGGGUAACCGCCAAUCACCUAUUGAUAUAGUCCCUGCAGAAGCUGUAUUUGAUGCCAGACUGUCUCCUAUCUCACUGUCUUACAACAACUGCACCUCUCUCAACAUAUCAAACAAUGGCCAUUCUGUAGUAGUGGAGUUCGUUGACACAGAUGAGAGAUCAGUGAUCCGAGGAGGUCCUCUGGAAAACAUGUACAGACUUAAACAGUUUCACUUCCACUGGGGAGGCAAGGGUUGCAGUGGCUCUGAGCAUACGGUUGGUGGGAAAACCUAUGCGUCUGAGCUUCAUCUGGUUCACUGGAACGCCAUAAAGUACAAGUCCUUUGGUGAGGCAGCAGCAGCCCCUGAUGGUCUGGCUGUCCUUGGGAUCUUUCUGGAAACCGGUGAUGAACACAGAGCUCUUCAUCAGAUAACAGAUGCCUUGUAUAUGGUUAGAUUCAAGGGAAGUGUUGUUGAUUUCAAGGGCUUUAACCCAAAGUGCCUCUUGCCGAACAGUCUGGAAUAUUGGACAUACCCAGGCUCUCUCACCACUCCUCCACUGUAUGAGAGCGUCACAUGGAUUGUGCUUAAAGAACCUAUUUAUGUGUCAGAGAAGCAGAUGGGAAAGUUCCGGACGCUGCUGUUUAAUGGAGAAGAGGAAGAGGACCGAAAGCGCAUGGAGAACAACUUCCGACCACCACAGCCACUGAAAGGUGUUUUGGCCGAUGACCUCGAACACAGUUUGACUUUGACAUUGAGCUCUUUGAAUCCGAGGCUCUACAUUUUUAGAUCCCUUCUCAUCCACCUUGAUCAGGCUUGUGCAAGCAGAUUCUUGUUGCAGGAGAUAUCCAUGCUGAUGGGGUCUGAUAAGCCGGCUGUCGUCUGCUUUCUCAGUGCUAUAGGAAAGUGUCUGUAAUCCAGGAGCCUGAAAUUUAACCCUUUAGUCUCUAUCAGAGGCUCUUGUUAACUUUUGAUAAGGCAUGUGUCAUUUAAGCUGUAUAUAGUAAGGCAGAUGGUGCUUCCAAGAACGUAGACCUGAUGGUGGCAGGGUGGCACUUCAUUUACACUGAAAGUUGCAUUAUUACACUGAAAUAUCUCACUAAUAUACGUAGAUAGCAUUUCUGUUUAUCCGACUGUUGUGAUUCCUUGAAGUAAUUCUUUACAGACUCUUUUAUUAACACUGCAAUGCAGUCACUGUAGUGAAUGAUCCUAGUGUCUCAUGACCACUGUUGAAAAAUGCAUUAAAAGUACUUUUAAAAUGCUUCCAAGCAAAGUUACACCACAAUAAAACAUUACAAUUAGUUUAGAUGGGAUCGUACUGAACAUUUUAGAAGUUGACAAAUAUCUUUGGUUUAAAAUAGCGGGAUAAAAUUGAAUCGAAGUGUUUUGAUCCAAUAGGCAUACAAUAAAUAUAUUUCUGCAGAACCAUGUUCCUGUGCUUUAAGUGAAGCCUUAUGAACGCUUUUACAGUAAUAGGAGGGUGAUGUGUGGAGGUUGAAAUGAAUGAUUGAUUACACUGCUUACACUUUGAAGAAAAAAAAAAAAAAAAAACUGUUCCUAUAUGUAAUUCCUAAUGGAAUCUCUGGCAUAGCUGUAGGAGAGUUAUGGAAGAUCUCUAUAAGGUCAGUGCCGUAUUUAGACUUAACUUCUGGAUAACAUCCAGUUGAAAAGACAGGGAUUUUCCUUUGGGUGUAUUUGGUGGCUGGAAGGAUUUAAUAUAUAUUUUAUAUUGUAUUUAGUCUUUGUUAAAUAUGUACAAUAAUAAAAUUAUUUUAAUAAUCUA